AUGUCUACCAAGGCUAUCCGCGAGUAUGACGCUAAGCGUCUGGUCAACUACUGGCUCACUCGCUCCCCCACCCCAAUCCCCACCGUGACCGAGUCGACCGCCGCCCCCGUGCGCGUCGCUCAGGUCGAGUGGGAUGACGAGUCGUCCUCGCUCCAGCCCACCAUCAAGCCCGGUGCCGGCCUCCCCGAGUUCGUCUUCACCGAGCCCAAGCUCGUCGGCAAGCCCGACCAGCUCAUCAAGCGCCGUGGCAAGGCCGGCCUCCUCUCCAUCGGCAAGGACUGGCAGACCACUGGCGACUGGAUCGCCCAGCGCGCCGGCAAGCCCGUGACCGUCGAGACUACCACCGGUACGCUCAAGACGUUCAUCAUCGAGCCCUUCCUCCCCCACACUCAGGACACCGAGUACUACGUUUGCAUCAACUCGCUCCGUGACGGUGACUGGAUCUACUUCACCCACGAGGGUGGUGUCGACGUCGGAGACGUCGACGCCAAGGCUCUCAAGCUCUUCCUUCCCGUCGGCAAGCCCUUCCCCGCCCGUGAGGAGGUGAUCAAGACGCUCCUCCCCAAUGUUCCCGAGAACAAGAAGGACGUCCUCUGUGACUUCAUUAUCCGCCUCUACGGUGUCUACGUCGACCUCCACUUUGCCUACCUCGAGAUCAACCCCCUCGUCUGCCUCGACCCCGUCGACGGCAAGCCCGCCGAGAUCCACUACCUCGACAUGGCCGCCAAGCUCGACCAGACCGCCGACUUCCUUUGUGGCCCCAAGUGGGCCAUUGCCCGUGAUGACUCGACCCCUGCUGCGGCGGGCAAGGGCCCCAUCAAGGCCGACCGUGGUCCCCCCAUGGUUUGGCCCGCGCCCUUUGGUCGUGACCUCACCAAGGAGGAGGCCUACAUCCAGAAGCUCGACGCUUCGACUGGUGCUUCGCUCAAGCUCACUGUCCUCAACCAGCACGGCUCCGUCUGGACCAUGGUUGCCGGUGGUGGUGCUUCCGUUGUCUACUCGGACGCCAUCGCCGCUGCUGGCUUUGCCCACGAGCUCGCCAACUAUGGCGAGUACUCGGGUGCCCCCACCGAGGGCCAGACCUACGAGUACGCCAAGACCAUCCUCGACCUCAUGACCAGAGGCGAGGCCCUCAAGGGCGGCAAGGUCCUCAUCGUCGGCGGCGGUGCCGCCAACUUCUCGGAUGUUGCCGCCACCUUCAAGGGUAUCAUCCGUGCCCUCAAGGAGCACAAGGAGGGCCUCAUCCGCCACGACGUCAAGAUCUGGGUCCGUCGUGCCGGCCCCAACUACCAGGAGGGCCUCAAGGCUAUGCGCCUCUGUGGCGAGUCUCUCGGGGUUCCCAUUCACGUUUACGGCCCCGAGGCUCCCAUCACCGCCAUCGUCCCCAUGGCGCUUGGCGUCAACAAGGACAGGGACCUCUCGCGCUCGACCUCGUCGGCCUCGAUCGCGGCCGCCGUUGAGAACGCAACCAACGGCGGUUCUGCCAAGCGCGCAACUGCCAAGAACCAGGAGCGCGCCGUCAUCGGUGAGAUCAAGUCGGACGGCUCGCGCGAGCAGCCGGGCGACCAGAUCGUCCACUUUGAGAGUGAGCCGAUGCACAAGCGCCCCUGGUUCCGCCCCUUCGACGCGGCGACCCGGUCGUUCGUCUUCGGCCUCCAGCCCCGUGCCAUCCAGGGCAUGCUCGACUUUGACUACUCGUGUGGCCGCAAGACCCCCUCGGUCGCCGCCAUGAUCUACCCCUUCGGUGGCCACCACAUCCAGAAGUUCUACUGGGGCACCAAGGAGACUCUUCUUCCCGUCUACUCCACCGUGGGCGAGGCCAUCAAGAAGCACUCGGACGUCGACGUCGUUGUCAACUUUGCCUCGUCGCGCUCGGUCUACACCUCGACCCUCGACAUCCUCUCGUACCCCCAGAUCAAGUCGAUUGGCAUUAUUGCUGAGGGUGUCCCCGAGCGCCACGCUCGUGAGAUCCUCCACCUCGCCGAGGAGAAGAAGGUCAUCAUCAUCGGCCCUGCCACCGUUGGUGGCAUCAAGCCCGGUUGCUUCCGUAUCGGCAACACUGGUGGUAUGAUGGACAACCUCCUUGCCUGCAAGCUCUACCGCGCCGGCUCGGUCGGCUACGUCUCCAAGUCGGGUGGUAUGUCGAACGAGCUCAACAACAUCCUCUCGCAGACCACCGACGGCGUCUACGAGGGUAUUGCCAUUGGUGGUGACCGCUACCCCGGCACCUCGUUCAUCGACCACAUCCUCCGCUACGAGGCCGACCCCGAGUGCAAGCUCAUCCUCCUCCUGGGUGAGGUGGGUGGUACUGAGGAGUACCGCGUCAUCGAGGCCGUCAAGUCUGGCAAGAUCACCAAGCCCAUUGUCGCCUGGGCCAUUGGUACCUGCGCCAAGAUGUUCACCUCGGAGGUCCAGUUCGGCCACGCCGGUUCCAUGGCCAACUCGGACAUGGAGACUGCCGACGCCAAGAACCUCGCCAUGCGUGCCGCUGGCUUCCUCGUUCCCGACACCUUUGAGGACCUCCCUGACCUCCUCAAGAAUGUCUACGACAAGAUGGUCUCGACUGGCGCCAUCAAGCCCACGCCCGAGCAGGAGCCUCCUGCCAUCCCCAUGGACUACCAGUGGGCGUCCAAGCUCGGCCUCAUCCGCAAGCCUGCUGCCUUCAUCUCGACCAUCUCGGACGAGCGUGGCCAGGAGCUCAUGUACGCCGGCAUGCGCAUCUCGGACGUCUUCAAGGAGGACAUUGGUAUUGGUGGUGUCAUCUCGCUCCUCUGGUUCAAGCGCCGUCUCCCGACCUACGCGUGCAAGUUCAUCGAGAUGGUCCUCCAGCUCACGGCCGACCACGGCCCGGCUGUCUCGGGUGCCAUGAACACCAUCAUCACAGCCCGUGCCGGCAAGGACCUCAUCUCGUCGCUCGUCGCCGGUCUCCUCACCAUCGGUGACCGCUUCGGCGGUGCCCUUGACGGUGCCGCUUCCGAGUUCUCGCGCGGUGUCGCCUCGGGCCACACCCCUCGCGAGUUUGUCGACUCUAUGCGCAAGGCCAACAAGCUCAUCCCCGGUAUUGGCCACAAGAUCAAGUCCAAGACCAACCCCGACCUCCGUGUCGUCCUUGUCGUCGACUACGUCAAGAAGCACUUCCCUUCGCACAAGACUCUUGACUUUGCCCUCGCUGUCGAGGACGUCACGACCCAAAAGUCCAACACCCUUAUCCUCAACGUUGACGGCGCCAUCGCCGCCUCGUUCUGCGACCUGCUCAGCGGCUGCGGUGCCUUCACCGAGGAGGAGGCCACCGAGUACCUCAAGAGCGGCACGCUCAACGGCCUGUUCGUUCUUGGCCGCUCGAUGGGCUUCAUCGGUCACUACCUUGACCAGCGCAUGCUCAAGCAGCCCCUCUACCGCCACCCGGCCGACGACAUCUUCAUCAACAUGGAGUCGCGCGUCCUCGCUGGCGUUUAA